UUAACCCCACUGAAGAAGAAGAAGAAGAGGUUGCGCUGCUGAGCACUGGUGGUGUGCUGCAAUUUACAGCUGAUCUAGCUAGUACAGUGUGUGGGAACUCAGGAAACCGUUUUCCGUGCGUGUUGUCUUGAGUACCAGCAAUGGCCUUGUUGAAAUCUAGCAAGAUAAUUUCUACCGUCGGGGUUCACCCUCCAUUGGGUGUACUCUCCAUUCGUGCCAGGUAAAUUGUACUCCGAGAGUACUGCUUUAUUGUUGUUUUAUUGACUAGUCGGCUAGUUAAUGUUAGCUAGCUAGCUCAGUUAGCUGACAGCCAUAGACAACUUGUGCAGAGCUAGCUAGCAGACGAACGACCCUUUGACUUUCCCCUCAAAGGGAGCAGGCUUGCUUGCUAGCUAGCUCAAGACAAAUGGACAGCUAGCAUGUUAGUUAACUGUUUUUCACAGCCAUGUCCAGGUAAUUAGCAAAGUAGCCAAUGAUGUGACGUUAGUUAGCGGAUUUCAUAGGCCUUGUGAGGCUGGUUGGCUAUUUGCAACCUCGCCACACAAACCAAGGUUGUUCAGUAGCUAGCUGGCAAGCUAACUAGGAUCCAACGAUGUGUUUUGGCAGCUAACUGGUUACCUGAUAGCCACAGCUAGCUACAUUUUUUUUUUUUUUUAUGUUGGAGGAGUUGAAACAGCUUUGUUAGCUUGCUACACACUAAAGUCAAAGAUUUAUCUGACAGUGCUAAAGUCACAAAACACUAACUAGUUAGUUUGUAUUAUGUAGCUACAAGCUAGCUGGCUGGGCAUGUAGUGCUUUCUCCCCUCCACAUGACUGGUCAAGCAUGUUUCAUUACUGUACUACUGCUGACCACUGAAAGAAAGCUAGGCCCAUCAAAAUGUAGUCAUUGAUGCAAUAAAUGAUGUAUGCCUAUGGACAGAAUGUCAUCCUUGCAACAUUAGUGGUUGGUUGUUGAUGCUGCACACAGGUUAUCCAGCAUUCCUCUGUGUGAAAGCAGACUUUAGCUUAAUCAACUUCAGACUGUUAGGAGAUUACCACCACCUAAUUUGGAUCAAAUCCUACUUAGUGCAAAGGUAUCAGACUACUUAAUUGGGUGUAAAUUGAGUCGAUGCAAGUCUGUGAUUUACCGGCUCUAUCUUCUACGGGGUGAUUCAAUCUACCUCCCCGACUGUUUCAGCUCAUGGUGGUCCGAGGUGCAGAUGGGUCCCCCUGACCCCAUCCUGGGGGUGUCGGAGGCCUACAAGCGUGACACCAACCCUAAGAAGAUGAACCUGGGUGUAGGAGCAUACCGUGAUGACCAGGGCAAGCCAUAUGUCCUCAGCUGUGUUCGCAAGGUGUGUUCAAUCACUGCUAGAUGAUUAUGAUGAUAAUGAAUCAUUAUAUACCUCAUAACUUGAUAAACUAACAACUUUUACGAGAGACUAGAAGUUAAAAAGACGUCAGCCUAGCUGCCUACAAUCGCUUUGACACCGAGAACAACAGACUUAACUAAAAACCUUGGCUUGACUUUGACCCUCUGUAUUCUUAGGCUGAAGCUCAGAUUGCUGCAAAGAAGCUGGACAAAGAAUACCUGGCUAUUGGCGGUCUGGGGGACUUUACCAAGGCAUGCGCCAAGCUGGCUUUGGGAGACGACAAUGAGGUCAUCAAGAGUGGCAGGGUAAGUCGAGCUUUUCCUGGAACCUCAGACAUCCUGAUUCUACAGCACAGCUUUAGAAGCCUUAUUUUGACAGUUUGUUGUUUAUUCCCUGUUCACAGAACAUCACUGUCCAAACUAUUUCUGGAACUGGGUCCUUGAGAAUUGGAGCCAACUUCCUGGUAAGAGCCCUGAUCCUUUUGCUUUUUUACAGAUCUAACCAUCAUCAUGAAGGCUUAUGAAUGACGGUCUCUUCUUUUCCCUAAUUUCUUUGUUCCUGCACCCCUCCCUUAGUCCCGUUUCCAUACAGAGGCCCGGGAUGUGUACCUGCCCAAGCCCUCCUGGGGGAACCAUACACCUAUCUUCAGAGACGCUGGGAUGCAACUGAAGGCCUACACCUACUAUGACCCAAAGACCUGUGGCUUUGACUUCCAGGGAGCCCUGAAUGACAUCUCUGUAAGACAUGGCACAGAAGCCUAAUCUCCCCCUACCAAUGUGUAUACAUUGUACUCCCCCUAUCAAUGUGUACUUCAAGUAGCUGCUGGGAUCAACAAAUGUGUUAUUGUUUCCUCUUAUUCAGAAAAUCCCUGAGAAAAGUGUCAUCAUGCUUCAUGCCUGUGCCCACAACCCCACAGGAGUGGACCCUCGGCCAGAGCAGUGGAAGGAGAUUGCUAACCUGGUGAAGGUAAACACAGCUAAAUAUAAAGUGCUGUAGUAGGGUCGUUCCACGAAAUGAGUGCCUUUUGCGUCGCUUUGAUAUUUUAGGUAGAAAGUGUGCACAACAUUUUUAAAAGCCUGUUAAAUUAAAUGAAGUGCCCUUUAAUAUAGACCAUAUGAACAAUUCUAUAAAUCAGAUUUGUUAUAUGAAUAAAGACUUGCUAAAGUGCCAAAAACCAGAGUUUUGACAUGUCCCUAUGUGCACCCUCGGUGACUUCUAGGAAGAUUUUAACCCAAGAUUUCAUGUGAAACUUGUCCCUCAUUUUAAGGUCAACCCUGUUACGUGAACUGAACUCUCGUUUUAAUAUGGUAAAACUAUUCCUUUAAAAAAUUGUUUUAAAAUAAACAUUGAACAUCUAAUAGUCAAAUCAUAGUGUAAAAGCAGGUGAGCUGGUUCUACUAUUUUUUGGGCAAUUUUCUGGUGUUUUGUGGAGGAAAACUGAGCGGGUGGAGUAUAACACGUCAACCAUGUUACCCAUAGAUAGACAGGCUAGAAAUGUUUUAACAAUAAUCUCUGUUGCACACAACAAGCUUCCAUUCCCCCUGUCACAAGGGGAUUUAUGGCUGAUUUGAAGAUGAAAUCGUCAACCCUGUUACGGUCAACGCUGUUACUGUACAGGUUUUUUUCUGGAUCAAAAAAGGGGCUUAGGUGGUGGGCAUGGCAAUGGGUGCGGCCGGCCCGUUGGCGCGGCUGAAUUUUAGAGAACAUUUUAGAGGCCCCCCAUCUUGGUUGUAGAAUAUUUAGCAUUUUUAAAGCACAUUUCCUGUAAUUCUAUUCAUUUUGCUAUGGCUAUUGCUGUGUUCUUUUGCUUAAACAUAAAACAAAAUCAAUACGGCUAAAUUAAUUGUUUUGGGAAUUUUCCAUUCUCCCUGACUGUGUUACUUGAGCUUUUAUUUUGGUGACACUUAGUUCUCAAAGAUUAUAUUAUUUAAAAAAUAUAUAUAGGUAAUUAUUUUCUACAUUAUAUCUGGUUUUAGUCGUUUAAGUUUACACUGGUGGUAUUCAAGUGGUGGAACGACCCAGUAGCCCUAUGAAACCUAAUUCGAUCCACCAACCAGGCCAAAAUACAGUGCCUUAAGAAAGUAUUCAUAACCCUUGACUUAUUCCACAUUUUGUUGUUAGACUGAAUUUAAAAUUGAUUUAAAUAAAUAACAUCUCACCCAUCUACCCCAUAACGACAAAGUGAAAACAUGUUUUUAGAGGUAUUUGCAAAUUUAUUGAAAAUGAAAUAUGUCAUUUACAUAAGUAUUCACACCCCUGAGUCAAUACAUGUUAGAAUCACCUUUGGCAUCGAUUAGUGCUUUUUGAGAUCGGUUUGAUUAUUUAAAAAAUAUUCACGGAUUUUGAUUAUUUGGGUUGAAUGCUGUAACACAAUUAAUAAAAGUUCCAUGAUGGUAGUGACUGCUCAUUACAGCUAAUCACUUAACCAUAAUUUAUUCACUUUAAUACAAUAUUUAAUUGUGUAACAUGUUUUUUAGAGGUAUUUGAAUCAUCUGUAUAGAGCUGCUGCAUAUGCUGUCUGGCAAAAUCACUAUUUUGUAGUUCUCCAAAGUAAAUAAGGCAUACAUUUAUGACUGCUGAAUACCAACUAUAAAUCACUUAGAUCAUGUAUUUUCAGGUAGAGCAAGGUUCGCACAAGGUGCUUAAAGUACUUUAAUUUGGCACUCUGAAAUUCAAGUACUGAAAUACCUUGAAAAUCAGACAUUUUCUGAAGUUGGUACUUCAAAAAUACUUGAAUUAAAAUGAGAGGAGAACAGAAAGUGAUCAAAUAUAUUAAUAUAAAAAAUAUUAGAAAUGUAUUGGUCUUAAGAAUUAAUUUCUAAGCAGACUACUAAGUUUUAUUUCCUCACGUAUUUCGUGCGCUGGUUGCCAGGCAAGCUCGCUCAUUCCACCCACACUGCCACUCAGCCAGACAAGUACAGAACUGACUGAUUCAGCGCCGCCAAACGUCACAUCGAUAGCUAAAAUCCCGGGCAAAUGUCGAUUCAACCCUGCCUGCAGGAUAUUGAUGUUUAUGAAUGGUUUUGCCAGACCCAUCCAGGGAUGUAGUAGAAGGUAAGCACCGUUUACGCACCUUUUUAUUUGUGAAAUAGCGUUCACUUGCCUUUUUAUUUAGUUAAUUAUCGCUUACCCACUUAUUAUUGCGUUCCAAGCGUUGACCAACGCUCAGAAGGCUUCUUGAUCUGAGUUCUAAUCGGGCCUACCUCUGUGAACGAGUGGAAUCAUGAAUGAUUCAUGUAUGCUCGUUAUGUUCCCUACUCCCCUGGAUUUGCAUACACCAGAGCAGUGUUUCACAAUCCUGGUUCUGGGGGACCUAGAUGUAAGGGUUUGUUUAGUCCCGUGUAGCUCAGUUGGUAGAGCAUGGCGUUUGCAACGCCAGGGUUGUGGGUUCGUUUCCCACGGGGGACCAGUAUGGGAAGAAAAAAAAUGGAUGCACUCACUAACUGUAAGUCGCUCUGGAUAAGAGCGUCUGCUAAUUGACUAAAAUGUAAUUAGCCUUUUUAGCAGUGCAUUCACUCACCACUCUGUCCAACAGGAAACUCCACACACGACAUAGGCCGAGAGGUGAAACAAACCUCAGCCCAGACCUACAGUGGCAAGUGGUAGAUGCCGCUGACAGUGUGUGUGUGUGUGUGUGUAUAUAUAUACAUACAUACAUACAUACAGUGGGGAGAACAAGUAUUUGAUACACUACCGAUUUUGCAGGUUUUCCUACUUACAAAGCAUGUAGAGGUCUGUAAUUUUUAUCAUAGGUACACUUCAACUGUGAGAGAUGGAAUCUAAAACAAAAAUCCAGAAAAUCACAUUUGUAUGAUUUUUAAGUAAUUAAUUUGCAUUUUAUUGCAUGACAUAAGUAUUUGAUACAUCAGAAAAGCAGAACUUAAUAUUUGGUACAGAAACCUUUGUUUGCAAUUACAGAGAUCAUACGUUUCCUGUAGGUCUUAACCAGGUUUGCACACACUGCAACAGGGAUUUUGGCCCACUCCUCCAUACAGACCUUCUCCAGAUCCUUCAGGUUUCGGGGCUGUCGCUGGGCAAUACGGACUUUCAGCUCCCUCCAAAGAUUUUCUAUUGGGUUCAGGUCUGGAGACUGGCUAGGCCACUCCAGGACCUUGAGAUGCUUCUUACGGAGCCACUCCUUAGUUGCCCUGGCUGUGUGUUUCGGGUCGUUGUCAUGCUGGAAGACCCAGCCACGACCCAUCUUCAAUGCUCUUACUGAGGGAAGGAGGUUGUUGGCCAAGAUCUCGCGAUACAUGGCCCCAUCCAUCCUCCCCUCAAUACGGUGCAGUCGUCCUGUCCCCUUUGCAGAAAAGCAUCCCCAAAGAAUGAUGUUUCCACCUCCAUGCUUCACGGUUGGGAUGGUGUUCUUGGGGUUGUACUCAUCCUUCUUCUUCCUUCAAACACGGCGAGUGGAGUUUAGACCAAAAAGCUCUAUUUUUGUCUCAUCAGACCACAUGACCUUCUCCCAUUCCUCCUCUGGAUCAUCCAGAUGGUCAUUGGCAAACUUCAGACGGGCCUGGACAUGCGCUGGCUUGAGCAGGGGGACCUUGCAUGCGCUGCAGGAUUUUAAUCCAUGACGGCAUAGUGUGUUACUAAUGGUUUUCUUUGAGACUGUGGUCCCAGCUCUCUUCAGGUCAUUGACCAGGUCCUGCCGUGUAGUUCUGGGCUGAUCCCUCACCUUCCUCAUGAUCAUUGAUGCCCCACGAGGUGAGAUCUUGCAUGGAGCCCCAGACCGAGGGUGAUUGGCCGUCAUCUUGAACUUCUUCCAUUUUCUAAUAAUUGCGCCAACAGUUGUUGCCUUCUCACCAAGCUGCUUGCCUAUUGUCCUGUAGCCCAUCCCAGCCUUGUGCAGGUCUACAAUUUUAUCCCUGAUGUCCUUACACAGCUCUCUGGUCUUGGCCAUUGUGGAGAGGUUGGAGUCUGUUUGAUGAGUGUGUGGACAGGUGUCUUUUAUACAGGUAACGAGUUCAAACAGGUGCAGUUAAUACAGGUAAUGAGUGGAGAACAGGAGGGCUUCUUAAAGAAAAACUAACAGGUCUGUGAGAGCCGGAAUUCUUACUGGUUGGUAGGUGAUCAAAUACUUGUGUCAUGCAAAUUAAUUACUUAAAAAUCAUACAAUGUGAUUUUCUGGAUUUUUGUUUUAGAUUCCGUCUCUCACAGUUGAAGUGUACCUAUGAUAAAAAUUACAGACCUCUACAUGCUUUGUAAGUAGGAAAACCUGCAAAAUCGGCAGUGUAUCAAAUACUUGUUCUCCCCACUGUGUAUGUAUGUAUGUAUGUGUGUAUAUAUAUAUAUAUAUAUAUAUAUAUAUAUAUAUAUAUAUAUAUAUAUAUAUAUAUAUAUAUAUAUAUAUAUAUAUAUAUAUAUAUAUAUAUAUAAUUUACUUUUGUCAUUUAGCAGACGCUCUUAUCCAGAGCGACUUAGUUAGUGAGUGCAUAAUCUUUUUUUCAUACUGGCCCCGCGUGGGAAUCUAACCCACAACCCUGUAUGUAUGUAUGUACGUACAUACAUACAUACAUACAGUGAGGGAAAAAUGUAUUUGAUCCCCUGCUGAUUUUGUACGUUUGCCCACUGACAAAGAAAUGAUCAGUCUAUAUAUUUGAACAGUGAGAGACAGAAUAACAACAACAAAAUCCAGAAAAACGUAUGUCAAAACUGUUAUAAAUUGAUUCGCAUUUUAAUGAGGGAAAUAAGUAUUUGACCCCCUCUCAAUCAGAAAGAUUUGUCUCCCAGGUGUCUUUUAUACAGGUAACGAGCUGAGAUUAGGAGCACACUCUUAAAGGGAGUGCUCCUAAUCUCAGCUUGUUACCUGUAUAAAAGACACCUGUCCACAGAAGCAAUCAAUCAAUCAGAUUCCAAACUCUCCACCAUGGCCAAGACCAAAAAGCUCUCCAAGGAUGUCAGGGACAAGAUUGUAGACCUACACAUGGCUGGAAUGGGCUACAAGACCAUCGCCAAGAAGCUUGGUGAGAAGGUGACAACAGUUGGUGCGAUUAUUCGCAAAUGGAAGAAAUACAAAAGAACUCUCCCUCGGCCUGGGGCUCCAUGCAAGAUCUCACCUCGUGGAGUUGCAAUGAUCAUGAGAACGGUGAGGAAUCAGCCCAGAACUACACGGGAGGAUCUUGUCAAUGAUCUCAAGGCAGCUGGGACCAUAGUCACCAAGAAAACAAUUGGUAACGCACUACGCCGUGAAGGACUGAAAUCCUGCAGCGCCCGCAAGGUCCCCCCUGCUCAAGAAAGCACAUAUACAUGCCCGUCUGAAGUUUGCCAAUGAACAUCUGAAUGAUUCAGAGGAGAACUGGGUGAAAGUGUUGUGGUCAGAUGAGACCAAAAUGGAGCUCUUUGGCAUCAACUCAACUCGCCGUGUUUGGAGGAGGAGGAAUGCUGCCUAUGACCCCAAGAACACCAUCCCCACUGUCAAACAUGGAGGUGGAAACAUUAUGCUUUGGGGGUGUUUUUCUGCUAAGGGGACAGGACAAGUUCACCGCAUCAAAGGGACGGUGGACGGGGCCAUGUACCGUCAAAUCUUGGGUGAGAACCUCCUUCCCUCAGCCAGGGCAUUGAAAAUGGGUCGUGGAUGGGUAUUCCAGCAUGACAAUGACCCAAAACACACGGCCAAGGCAACAAAGGAGUGGUUCAAGAAGAAGCACAUUAAGGUCCUGGAGUGGCCUAGCCAGUCUCCAGACCUUAAUCCCAUAGAAAAUCUGUGGACGGAGCUGAAGGUUCGAGUUGCCAAACGUCAGCCUCGAAACCUUAAUGACUUGGAGAAGAUCUGCAAAGAGGAGUGGGACAAAAUCCCUCCUGAGAUGUGUGCAAACCUGGUGGCCAACUACAAGAAACGUCUGACCUCUGAUUUGUCAAAAAGGGUUUUGCCACCAAGUACUAAGUCAUGUUUUGCAGAGGGGUCAAAUACUUAUUUCCCUCAUUAAAAUGCAAAUCAAUUUAUAACAUUUUUGACAUGCGUUUUUCUGGAUUUUUUUUGUUAUUCUGUCUCUCACUGUUCAAAUAAACCUACCAUUUAAAAUUAUAGACUGAUCAUUUCUUUGUCAGUUGGCAAUUGUACAAAAUCAGCAGGGGAUCAAAUACUUUUUUCCCUCACAGUAAUUAAUAACUUCACCAUGCUCAAAGGGAUAUUCAGUGUUGUUUAUUGUUUUAUUUUUACCCCAUCCACCAAUAGGUGCCCUUCUUUGCGAGGCAUUGGAAAACCUCCCUGGUCUUUGUGGUUGAAUCUGUGUUUGAAAUUCACUGAUCGACUAAGGGACCUUACAGAUAAUUGUAUGUGUGGGGUACAGAGAUGAGGUAGUCAUUCAGAAAUCAUGUUAAACACUAUUAUUGCGUCCUUGCAACUUAUUAUGUGACUUAAGCACAUUUUUACUCCUGAACUUAUUUAUGCUUUCCAUAACAAAGGGGUUGAAUACUUAUUGACUCAAGACAUUUCAGCUUUUCAUUUUUUAUUAAUUAGUAAAAUGUGGGAUAUUGUGUUUAGGCCAGUGACACAAUCUCAAUUGAAUCCAUUUUAAAUUCAAGCUGUAACACAACAAAAUGUGGAAGAAGUCCAGGUGUGUGAAUACUUUCUGAAGGCACUGUAUAUAACAAGUUCUCUCAUAAUUUCCUUUCUUCCAGAAAAGGAACCUCCUGGUGUUCUUUGACAUGGCCUACCAGGGCUUUGCCAGUGGUGAUAUUGACCGUGAUGCCUGGGCUGUCCGUUAUUUCAUUGAGCAAGGCCACAACAUUGUGCUCUCUCAGUCCUUUGCUAAGAACAUGGGUCUCUAUGGUGAGUUAUGAUAAUCGCACUGGUCAUGUUUGAGGAUAAUGUUUUUGGGAAAACAAAAUACCUUAUUUAUUUAUUAUUUAAGCUAAGCAACAUGCCUUGUGUGGUGGUGUGUGAUGUCCUCAGGUGAGCGUGUUGGGGGCUUCACUGUGGUGUGUAAGGAUGCUGAGGAGGCCAAGCGUGUGGAGUCCCAGCUGAAGAUCCUCAUUCGGCCCAUCUACUCCAACCCUCCCAUGAACGGAGCGCGCAUCGCUGCCACCAUCCUCAAUACACCAGACCUGUACAAAGAGUGGUGAGUAAGCGUCAUCCACGAAGUGUCAUAUUUCAAUUGUGCCUCAUAGCCAAUAUGAUAUGGGCCCAGCUGAGUCAUGGCUGUUCUCUUCCUAGGCUGGGGGAGGUGCAUGGCAUGGCCAACCGCAUCAUCACAAUGAGGGAGCUGUUAGUGGCCAACCUGAAGAAGGAGGGCUCCACUCAGAACUGGCAGCACGUCAUUGACCAAAUUGGCAUGUUCUGCUUCACAGGGCUGAAGCCUGAACAGGUAGAGUAACUGUGUGCUGAUACUCUACACUGUCUCAUAAUAUAGUAUGUGAUUUCCAUUGGGUCACCUACUGGUAAGGAAUCAAUGGAUGAAACAUUGAACAUGGCUAUACUAUAAGUAUCUGUCUAGAUAUCAAAUUCCUUAAUAUGCAGUUGAUGAGUCAUAAUGAGUAUAACUAUUUCAACUUGUGCAGGUGGCGCGCCUCACGAAGGAAUUCUCCGUCUACAUGACAAAGGAUGGGCGUAUCUCCAUGGCUGGUGUCACCUCUGGCAAUGUGGGUUACCUUGCACAAGGUAUCCAUGUAGUGACCAAGUGAGAUGGCUGACCAGGAGUCACACCGUAGUCCCCACCAGAGGACAGAGGGGUGGUAGCGUCAGACAAGAAAAACUAAACAACCUUUAUGUAAAUGAACCCUCUCCUCUGCUUUCCUUUAGGGAAAGACCCAAAAGUAAUAAGAUAUACCAUAGGGUUAUUUUUGUUGGCAUUUUCUGUUGGCAUUGUCUAGAUAUUGUAUGUUGGACCAUCUGUGACUAGGUUUUUAAUGUGGGUUCCCUGGAAAAAUAUCCAUUACCCUCCCUCAGACAUACAUGCAGUGGUCAUGAGCUCAAAAUAUAUUGUCUAAGUCAUACUUGACAAUGAAAACUAACGAGCACAAUAUCACUGUUUGGAAUCAUGUCCUAUAAGUCCUCUCACUUGGCUUGAGCAUACCCUGUCUCUAAGAACUGUGCUCAACUAUUGGGUGUGACAUGGAACUCCAAAGUAAUAAUGAUUAAGACAUUUCUCUAGAAAAUUAUUUACUAAAGAUACUGUCUCUCUUUCAGGUAAUUUUAUUGAAAUGUGCGUCUAAUUUAUUAAGGAUUAAUUUACAAAACCUCUUUCAAAAAGGUGCUGCAAACCUUUGUUUCAACGUUAUAAUGCCAGUGGAACCUUUCUAGGUGAUGGUACUGGAGUCAUGGCACUUGUUUUAUGUGGGACGAUAUGUGCUGCAUGGAGUCACUGAUUGUGAUGAUCAGCCAGCCACAAUGUGUGCUAAGGAUGUUAUUUUGCUGUUGUAACUUAUUGUAACGGAUGAGCACUGUCUACCAAUCAACAACUGCCACAUCUCCCACUGAUAAUGUACCAUGUAAUUAAAUAUAACUAUAUUAUAUAAAUCUAUCUAUGGGCUGUACACAGUAUACUGUAUGAACUGUUUUGACUCUCAAUUAGCAGGAGCAUGAAGGGUGUUUCGUUGCUUGCACAUUGCUUUGUACUCCCAUACCCCGUCAUUUUCUUGACCAUCAUUGAAAGUCAAAUGUAAUGCACCUUAAGAUGCCCUCUGACUUUUAAAUGGUGUACAUCACAGGCUGCUGGUGGCACCUUAAUUGGUGAGGACGGGCUCAUAGUAGUCACUGGAACGGAAUAAAUGGAAUGAUAUUGAAUGCAGCAAACACGUUUUCCAUGUGUUUGAUACCAUUUCAUUCACUCCAUUCCAGCCAUUAUUAUGA